UUUACACCUCCAUGUGACCGCCAUUAGUGGUAGUUUACUUGGUCAUCCCAACCUAAGCCUUCCUAUUUCUUCCACUUCCUUCCCUCAUUUUCAUUCACCACCACCAUCUUCCAUCAAGGAAAUUUGAAAAGGUGGAUGUUCGUUUGAAAUAGAAAAUAGUCAGACUGAAGUUGAUCAGAUAAACGACAAACCAUACAAUAUGGCAGGAAUUAGUGAAGCUGAACAAGGUGAACAUCCUCGUCGUAAUGUUGUACUAUCCAUAAAAGAAAUGAUAGACAAGCUACCUCCUGUUAAUGUAGAAUGUAGCAUCUUUCGAGUUCCUAAACUAUUACGCAAUAUGAAUCAUAGAGCCUAUACUCCUCAAGUCAUUUCCAUAGGUCCAUUUCACCAUUAUCGAAAGGAUUUGUUAGCUACUGAGCCAUAUAAGCUUCGACGUUGUUUGAACUUUCUAAGCCGUCUAGGUAACGAGAGGGAUUCAUUGGAGUUGCUUAAGAAAAAUACUCAAACUUGGAUGAAAGAAGUUCGAAAUUGCUAUGGAGAGCCCAUAAACAUGAAUGAUAAGGAAUUUGUUAACAUGAUGAUUGUGGAUGGUUGUUUCCUAGUAGAGUUUUUGAUACAAAAUCACAACGGCUUCCAAACUCCAAACAAUUUAGAUCUAACCUUCCACCAAAGAUCUAUCGAGCUAUUUACUGAUUUGAUUAUGUUGGAAAAUCAAGUCCCUUUCUUCCUUCUUGAACGUCUGUUCGGCCUCAUACCAAAUAUAACCUCUGUCUCCUUUAAAGAAUUAACAUAUAUAUUUUUCAGACAGGAACUUGUUGCCAAUUGUUCUCUUUCUAAUCUAUCGUCGAUAAAACCAAAGCACUUGGUCGAUUUUUUAAGCUUCUUCUUCGUCUCAAAGACGUCUCUAGAGAACAAUAAUAAUAAUAGCCCGAUAACUCCUCCAACGAUAACUGAGCUUUACGAGGCUGGUGUCACCAUUAAGAAAGCAAAAGAUUUCAUUUCUAUGAUGGACAUAAGGUUCGAAAAUGAGAUUUUAACAAUCCCACCUUUAGUUAUUGAUGAUUUAUUCGAACCAACCAUGCGAAAUCUGAUAGCAUUUGAGCAUUUUCCCUUGAGAAAUAAAAGCAAUUAUAUCCCAUAUAUUGUAUUCAUGGAUGAUUUAAUAAGCACAGAGAAAGACGUGAAUUUACUUGUGAAGGCUGGAAUCAUAAUCAACAAUAUUGGAGGCAGUGAUAAAGAAGUUUCAAAAUUGUUCAACAAUCUCUGCAAAUUUGUUGAAACCUCAAGUGAUUACAGCUUGAACAAUAUCAGCAACACCUUACGUGAACACUGCAAUAGACGAUGGAACAAAGCAAAAGCUUCACUCAAACAUAACUAUUUCAAUACACCAUGGGCUAUUGUCUCCUUCUUUGCUGCAACCUUGCUUAUUAUUCUGACUCUCUUACAAACUAUAUUCUCUGUGUUUCCUAUUAUACCUUAGAAAUUAUGUUUCUUCUAGUAUGUUGUUUCUCUUAUUUUCAUACAAUUUUCAAUCAUAAUGUUUUUUUACUUCAA